AUGGCUCCGCCCAAGUCUGCCCUAGAGUUUAUUGACUUUGUCAAUGAGUCGCCGUCGCCCUACCAUGCGGUUGCGUCAGCGGUGGCGCGGCUCGAAAAGGCCGGAUUUGUGCACAUCAAGGAGCGGGACGACUGGUCGACCCAGCUGCAGCCGGGCGGCAAGUACUAUCUGACGCGCAACAGCUCGUCGGUGGUGGCGUUUGCGAUUGGGGCCAAGUGGCAGCCGGGCAACCCGGUGGCGAUGAUCGGGGCGCACACGGACUCGCCAUGUCUGCGGCUGAAGCCGGUGAGCCGCAAGACGAGCGUCGGCUUCCUGCAGGUGGGCGUGGAGACGUACGGCGGGGGCAUCUGGCACAGCUGGUUUGACCGUGACCUGAGUGUGGCCGGGCGUGUGCUGGUCCGGACGGGCGACGGGACGAUCGUGCCGAAGCUGGUCAAGAUCGAGCGGCCGAUCCUGCGGAUUCCGACACUGGCCAUCCACCUGGAUCGGUCGUCUGAGUUCAACCCGAACAAGGAGACGGAGCUGUUUCCGAUUGCCGGGCUCGUCUCGGCCGAGCUGAACAAGACGGCCACGCCUGAGGGCUCCGAGGACGGUCAUGAGGCCGCAGAGGCGCCCGAGCCGCUGCAGCCCAUGACGGAGCGCCACCACCCGGUGCUGAUCGACGUGGUGGCACGCGAGGCCGGUGUGGCGCCCGGCCAAGUGGCCGACUUUGAGCUCGUGCUGUACGACACGCAAAAGUCCUGCCUCGGCGGCCUGCACGACGAGUUUGUCUUCUCGGCCCGGCUCGACAACCUGGGCAUGACGUACUGCAGCCUGAUGGGCCUGAUCGGGUCGGUGGCUGCGCCCGACAGCCUCGCGGACGAGCCGGCCAUCCGGCUGAUCAGCUGCUUCGACCACGAAGAGAUCGGCUCGCUGUCGGCCCAGGGCGCCAACUCGAACCUGCUGCCGGCCGUGCUGCGCCGUCUGUCGGUGGUGCCGAGCGCAGAGGCAGCGGAUGGCAGCAACAGCGGCGCCGUGACGGCCUCGUCGACGGCCUUUGAACAGACCUGCUCGACGUCCUUCCUCGUGUCGGCCGAUAUGGCGCACUCGGUGCAUCCCAACUACGCGGCCAAGUACGAGAGCAGCCACCACCCGGUCAUCAACAAGGGCACCGUGAUCAAGAUCAACGCCAACCAGCGCUAUGUCACCAACUCGCCCGGCAUCGUGCUGCUGCAGGAGACCGCCCGGCUGGCCGGCGUCCCGCUGCAGCUCUUUGUCGUCCGCAACGACUCGUCCUGCGGCAGCACCAUCGGACCCAUGCUCUCGGCCAAGCUUGGCGUGCGCACGCUCGACCUGGGCAACCCGCAGCUCAGCAUGCACAGCAUCCGCGAGACCGGCGGGGCCUACGAUGUCGAGCACAGCAUCAAGCUCUUCACCGCCUUCUUCGGCAGCUACUCCCGUCUGGAGGCCAAGAUCCUCGUGGACUAG